AUGGCUACCCCCAGUGUCCUUACCUUUGAUACUGAGGGUCGUGCUGUUGACUUUGAGGUCUGGGUCGAUGACCUCCAGCUGUUCUUACAGUGCAAUAGGGCAAACGGACUCUCUCUGUUCGAUCUCACCUCUAGUGUCUCUCCUGCCCCGCCUGCUACUGCUGACAGCACUGUUCGCUCACAGUGGGCCACGCGCGAUGCUGCUGCACGUCUUGCUGUGCGUCGCCACUUACUGACCACUGAGCGUGUGCAAUUUAGCCAGUACAAGAGUGCUAAGACCUUGGACCACUUCCUCUUAGUUUGCCCCACCACACUCACCGUUGACCUCCUCGAGGAGCGCCUCCUAGCAGCAGAGAAGAGCAUAGUCGCUGUAGGAGCCUCUCGUGGUGACCCUCGCACCCCUGUCUUUGAGGGGUGUUCUCCCUCCCCCCUCUUGCCCUCUGUUGCUCCUGCUGCUGCGGCCGACCUCGUUGGCUUCGAGUCGGUCGGCGCUGCGUCUGUCCCUAGCGAGAAGCGCCGCACCGGCAAGGGCAAGGGGGGCAAGGGCGCAGGGGGGGCCAGUGGAGGCGCUGGAGGUGGUGGUGGAGGCAGUGGAGGGGGUGGGGGUGGUGGUGGGAGUGGUGGCGGGGGUGGAGGUGUCGGUGGCAGCAGUGGAGGCGGAGGAGGCUGCGGUGGUGGCGGAGGGAGCGGAGGCGGCGGCGGUGGCGGAGGCGGCGGAGGUGGCGGAGGCGACGGAGGUGGCGGCGACUGUGCUGGUGAGCAGUGCGGGGGCACGCACUCCACCCAGCGCUGCUUCGGCCGCAUGACGGACGCUUGGCGUCAUCAGUUCCCUGACGCCACUGAGAUCCCUCGAUGGGGAGAGCUGUCUAGGGAUGGGGCAGCUAUCUUUGAUCUUGACUAUGAUGCUAUUCUUGCUGCCAUGCAUGCUGUGUCUACUGAUGAUGAGGGUGACUGUUACCUGUGUGUUCCGCCUGACCCGGGCAUUGAGGCUGCUGCUCUAGGUGCUGGUGAGACUGCUGCUCCAGGUGCUAGUGCGUCUGCUGCCCCAGGUGCUGGUGAGUCUGCUCUCUCAGGUACCACGGGCCGGCCCCUACCUGCGUCCCCUGCGUCGAGGGGCGGCAGCGCGCCGCUCCUCACUCCUCUGAGUUUCCUCCGACAUAGGCUCCCCUGCAGCCUCUUCACAUGGACGUGUGGGGCCCCGCCCGCGUCCGUGGCCAGGGUCACGAGCACCUUCACGCUUGCGGCCUCUCCACAGCAAAAUGGGAUUGCUGAGCGCCGCAUUGGCAUGGUCAUGGACGUCGCUCGUACGUCCAUGAUCCAUGCGGCUGCUCCCCAUUUUCUGUGGCCGUUUGCGGUUCAGUACGCGGCGCAUCAGCUCAAUCUUCAGCCCCGGGUCUCCUUACCAGAGACCUCCCCCACCUUGAGGUGGACGGGGAAGGUUGGCGAUGCGUCUGCGUUUCGGGUCUGGGGAUCUCGGGCGUUUGUCCGCGACUUGUAUGCGGACAAGCUGUCCCCCCGUGCUGUUCCCUACGUCUUCCUUGGCUUAACCCCUGACGCGCCUUGUUGGCAGUUCUACCACCCCACCUCGCGCCGUCCUCCCCCGGUAGACCCCCUCCCCCCUCAGGGUCCUGCUCCGUCAGGUGUGUCCCAGGUAGACGCUGUUGAGACUGUCGAGGUAGCUGUUGACUCUGGUGCUGCUAGGGGCGCUGUGCCUGCGGGUGCCGGUUCUGGGGGUGCGGAGCCUGGGGGUAAUGAGCCUGGGGGUGCUGAGUCUGGGGGUGCUGAGCCUAGGGGUGCUGAGCCUGGGGGUGCGGAGCUUGGGGGUGCUGAGCCUGGGGGUGCGGAGCGUGGGAGUGCUGAGCCUGGGGGUGCGGAGCCUGGGGGUGCUGGCCGUGCUGCUGGAGCUGGAGGUACUACUGUUGCUGCUGGUCCGGUAGGUGCUCGUCCUGGCGGUUCUGGAGCUGCUGGGACUGGGAGUCCUGCUGCAGGUGCUACUGGAGCUACGGGAGCUGCUGGCGGUACUUCAGCUGACGGUCCUACUGGAGUUGGUGCUGCUGGAGCUGCUGGAGCUGGAGCUGCUGGGGGUGUUAGCGCUGGUGGUUUUGCUGGCGCUGGUGCUUCUGAGGGUGCUGGAGUUGGCGUUGUUGGAGCUGGAGGUGCUGCUGGUGCUGGUGCUACCGCUGGAGGUACUGGUGCUGUCCCUACUGCGUCGUGA